AUGGGUCUUUCUCAUGUUUUCUUUAAAACUGAAAGGUGCUUUGCCUAUUCUAAACUAUGUAACAUUUUCUACAGCAACAGAUAACUUGGUUUCUCUUGGUCUAUCGAGAUAUGUUUUAGGUAACUCAAAAAUUUGUUAACUUAAAUCCCUUUAGGCAGAAAAAUCAACACAGGUCAUUUAAUAUCUGUUCUUGUGGGAUUAUUUGCUGUUAUAUGUUGUGAAUUUCUUGUAUUUUAAAGUGAUAAUGGGAGAACUUAUAGCUCAGAUUCAUUUAUCCUAGAGCCAACAUUAUCAUAAGACUAGACAUAUGCCUAUAUCUACUGUUUGCUUAGUAGAUUUUGUCAUGGAGGAGCAUGUAUACCUUUCAGAAAAAUAAGAGUAAAUGAUCUUAAUAAUGAGGGAGAAAUAAGUAAGCCAGUAGUUCGACAAGAGUCAGCGUUGUACAGAAAAGCAUUAUUCAAUUUGAAUGAAAAGAAACUUUUAAGCAAGGCAAACAUGAGUCUUAAAGAUAUCGAUGAACUUUCUAAAAAAUAAAAUAAGUUGGAUGAAUAGGAGCUUAAGCUGUUGCAAAUUCUUAGAAAUUAAGAUAAAUUUGAGGCAUCGAAAGUAGACAGAAACAGAGGUAUGUCAAAGAGAUACGGUGCGAAACUUAUUUAAAGAAACAAGGAGAAGGCAAUCAACAAAGUUCAUGUAGAGCAGCAGCUAGUAUUAAGUGAUAGGACUAGAUAAGUUGAUAAAGCUUAGGAUUCAGUAGCCAAUGAAAAUCUUACUGAUGAUAAUCAGAUUAAUGUUGGAGAACAAAUAGACAGACUCGAGAGGUAAUAGGAAUAAUAAAAAGUAUGGGCAAUUCAAAUGAGUGAAGAGAUGCAAGAGAUUAUCAAAGAUUACAAGUUCUAUGAAUUGCACGAACAUCUCUUCGAUGGAUAAGAUGACAUAUUACUUUCUAAGUUAGAUGAAAUAUUUGACUCGACAUCCUUAGAUUGUGAGCUUUUUGGAACUGAAGUGCCUUCUCAUUUUAAUCUAAUGACAGUAGUUGGUGGGUUUUUAUCAGUUCCUCUAUUCAUUAUAAUGCACUUAUUAUCUGGUGGAGAUCCUUUUAGUUUUAUGUUGAUAAGAGAAACUGAUUAGGAUAAGAUUGAUUUUUACCAGUAUAUGUUUAACAAUAGAUGGGAAACAAUAGUAAUACUUAUUACUAUAUCAAUCCUUUACACUUUAAAGCCUAUAACUACAACCAAUUUCGUCCUAUCUAUUUAAUCACCAUUGACAUAUGUGGCUGUUGAGUUAGCUGCAAAGAUAUUUUUCAUUUUUACAACUAUGAUUCUUGUAGAGAGUAAUGCAUAUAUAUCUGCUAUGGAAGCAACUGGACUUUCCUUAUCUCUUUUAUCUUAGAUAAUGUACUAUCAUUUUUCUGACAAGUUUAAAGAUCAAAUCUAAGUUUAAUCGGCAUGUGACUCUCUUAAGAACAUUUUUGAGUAUGAAAGUAUAGAAGAGUUGGAAAAGAUUGAGAAAAAGCUCUAAAUGAUAGCAUCAUAGUUUUCAACUACCGAAGCGUUAAGAAUUUUAUUCGAUAUUGUCAUUUCAAGAAAUAAAAAACAAUUCGAUUAUCCAUCUAUUUCAACUUUAGAUAUUUAAAGAAAAUUUGACUUCAAUUACUAAAAAACCACAUCUUAGUGGGGAGGUGGUUAUCCCAGGCCAGCUUAUGAAUUUGAGACUUAGUCUCAUGUAAUCCGUGAUAGAAAUAUUGAAGAAGUGGAUAAACCCAGAUUUAUUAAGGUUUAAGGAAAAUCUGUUUAUGAUUUGAGUUCCCUGAAAGAUGCUAGAAAUUAAUGGGCCAGAAUAGAUGCAACUAGCAACAAACUAGACAGUUCAGACAAUAAAUAAAGUUUGAUAUCAAAGAGAAGAAAAAGUGAUUUUCACGAUGCAGUUAGCAGACCAAUGAAUGAGUCAAUCUUGAGUGAAAGUAAGGAUAUGUUGAUGACUCAACAGUAGUUAGUAAAUGACUCUGAUGCCAGUGAAUCAUCAAGUGAAAAUGAUAGAUAUGAUAAUAUGAUUGGCCAGUAAGACGAGGAGAGUGAUGAAUCUAGAAAUAAUGAAUAGGAUUACGAUCACUAUGAAGUAAGUUAGAAGAGACUUCAAUCUAUGAUUAUUAAAGAAAAUGUUUCAAUCAACUCAGAUUAGCUCAACCUCACUGGAAUAAUAGACAAAUCUUCGAUAAUGAAGCACGCUAAAACCUAGUCACUACCACCACAGCAAUUAACUAUUGAGCAAAAUGAAAAACUAGACUUCGACAAUAUUUAAGAUGUUGCAUAAGAUAGCUCAUUACAAGUUCAUGAGAACAUAUUUGCCAAUGAUUUCGAAGACUCAAAUUAAAAUGAUGUAUCAGUUUCACAAAGUUUAAAUGAUAGUAGCAAUUUGAAGUUCAAAAAGAGAUCGAAGAAAAAGAAGACGAAUCUCUAAAAGUCAAAGUAGAGCUUGGAAAAAGCUAAAACUAGCAAGUUGUAAGGAGCAAAGCCGAAGAAAAUUAUUCCUAGAGAACCUACUUUAAUGAAGUUUCCUGAAGAUGAGGAGAAUGAAGAAAAGAAAAUAAUGGAACAAGAGAUACAAGAAAGACUUCAAGAAAUGCAAAAAAUAAAUCUUCCAUCAAUUUAAUAAAGCAAUAGAAGAGGAAGUGUUUGGGUGUAGGAUUUAGAAGCUGAAGAAGAUAAUCAUGAGGAGUUGUAAUUCCAUAAAAUGAAGGAUUGA